AUGGCAGAACCUUUAUCUUCCACCUCGUUGUCAGUAAGAUGGGACCCAUGGUCUGAGAAUGAAGACGCGGCAAUAAGUGGAUUCAAGGUUCGGUUCGUGCCGGUGACAUCAGUUCUGUCUCCAUCCAGUCACGAAGAAGAGUUGAUGGUUGUUGAGAACAAUAGCUGUAUAAUUACAGAUCUGCGAAAGUAUACUGAAUAUCAGGUCUCUAUUACUCCCUAUAAUCGAGCAGGAGAAGGCGCCGUGGCCCAGAUUAGGGUACGGACAUUAGAAGACGUGCCUGGAAUGGUUGGAGCGCUGAACAUUUCACGGAUGUCUUGUGUACGCGUCUCAUGGAAACCGCCAAGUGAACCGAAUGGCCAGAUCACUGGUUACAUUGUGAACUACAGAACAUUCAAAAUGAAGGAGGAGUUCAAGAAGGAGGUUCAAUCCCGGACUCAGCAGACGUUCUACCCGGCGACGAAUCUCGAAGAAGGUGUCACGUACUUUUUCGCUGUCUGGGCAGAGACAUCAGCUGGAAGGGGAACAGAAGUCACAGCCAACGUAACUCUGGGGCCAAAUCCGAAUGGGCCACCUGCUCCAAAGAGACCAACGCUGACUCCGGGACCAUCAUCAGUAACACUCGAGUGGAGAGAUGAACAAAGAAACGGCAUCAUUGGUCAUUUGAUCCAAGCCAAGCUUGUGUCGAAGGAUGUUGGCGCUGUUCAGUUGAAGAAAAGGAACAAGCGAUCAUUUGGCCGUCCAACGCAUAUUCACGGCGUCUGGGUAACGCUUAGGGUGGUCGAAGGUGCGGGCCAACAGCACGAGGUCAGCUAUCGUGAACUGGAACCAUCAAGUUUUUAUGUGUUCCGCGUGUUUGCCCGUAAUGAAAUUGGAAUCGGAAAGGCAAGCGCCGAAACUGAACAGCUGUUUGUGCCAGCUUUCAUACCUGAAGAUCCGUUCUACACAACAUGGUGGUUCAUUGCAAUGGUUGCAAUGUCGACAUUUGUGGUCGUAGUACUCGUUGUGGCCUUCUUGUGCAUUACUGGUUCUGUCGCGAAGUAUAAACGCGAAAAGCGUGAAUCAGUUGACAGUAUCCAUUUGGCCAAUGGGAACUUCGUGGCAUUCCAGAUGGAGGCCAGUCAUCGCGAUCUCGGUCGGAGCAGGAACGAUUUGCCCACACGUCCUGGCACGAAGCAAUCAUGGCUGUCCGAUCGGGAUCCGCCGGCAUACGGGAGUGUUCUCGGCGAUCAAAGCCGUUUGCGCGGCGCUGAGAGCAUUGACGGUGGUGGAAGUGUAGUGAAUAUGUACGGACUGGAGACGGAUGUCAUACCAGCAUUACCUAAUCAGGAGGCUAUGCAGAGAUUGACAGCACUUGUUGGUCGGGAUGUUCGAGGAAGUGCUUACAUAACGCAACGGGAAGCUGUAGACAUGCUCAGUAGAGGGAAAUACGGUAGUCGUGGAGAAUACGGUAUCCAUUCCGUCAGGUGA